UGUGAACAGCCAACAGACCCGGGAGCGCCAGGCAGGGGACAGAGGGCUUGAUCCUACCAGCCCCGGAGAGUCGCUGGAGGGCGUGUUAGGGAGAUGACCGUGUGCAGAGGUACCAUGUACUCUUUUUCCAAAGUGCAGACAUGACAUUUCCGGUUGGUCUUGAAUGUCUGCCUCUGCCAAGCCGCCUCAUCUCGUCCACGGGCGAAUUACCUUCCAACCAACAGCCCGUGUGCCCACGCAGGCCACCGUCAGAGAGCACUGUAAUUGCCAUCGGGACAAUUUCCUCUCACAUGCUCUGGGCUAGAGGCUUCCAGUCGGUGCAAGAGGGAAGACAGGAGGGUGACGGUGGCCCUGCUGGGUCCCCGGUGCACACGGGAGUUGGCGCCCAGCCAGGCUCCAGAGCAGCCCGGGCUGGCGAGGGACCUGGCCGGCAGAUGGGACUCGAGGUGCUCUGCAUGCCUCCCGCCAGCGCCUGAGGAGCGCGGUCCCCGGGGCACAGGCAGCCACCCGGCUGGCCUAGCAGGUGGCGGGCCAUGGCCAGCACGGCGGUGCAGCUGCUGGGCUUCCUGCUCAGCUUCCUGGGCAUGGUGGGCACGCUCAUCACCACCAUCCUGCCGCACUGGCGGCGCACGGCGCACGUGGGCACCAACAUCCUGACGGCCGUGUCCUACCUGAAGGGACUGUGGAUGGAGUGCGUGUGGCACAGCACGGGCAUCUACCAGUGCCAGAUCUACCGCUCCCUGCUGGCGCUGCCGCGCGACCUGCAGGCGGCGCGCGCGCUCAUGGUCAUCUCCUGCCUGCUGUCGGGCGCCGCGUGCGCCGCGGCCGUCGUGGGCAUGAAGUGCACGCGCUGCGCCAAGGGCACGGCCGCCAAGGCCACGUUCGCCGCGCUGGGCGGCGCGCUCUUCAUCCUGGCCGGCCUCCUCUGCAUGGUGGCCGUCUCCUGGACCACCAACGACGUGGUGCAGAACUUCUACAACCCGCUGCUGCCCAGCGGCAUGAAGUUCGAGCUCGGCCAGGCCCUGUACCUCGGCUUCAUCUCCUCGUCGCUGUCGCUCAUCGGCGGCACCUUGCUCUGCCUGUCGUGCCAGGACGAGGCGCCCUACCGGCCCUACCCGGCGGCCCAGCGCAGGGCCGCCACCACCACCGCCACCGCCGCCGCCGCCGCGCCCGAGUACCGGCCGCCAGCCGCCUACAAGGACAACCGGGCCCCCUCGGCGACCUCGGCCUCCUAUAGCGGGUACCGGCUGAACGACUACGUGUGAGUCCCGGCCCGGCCUCCCCGGGGCGCUGUCAGGCCAGGGCGCUGCGCCCCUGCGGGACUGUGGGCCCCAGCAGCGGUUCCAGCACAAAGUUGACUUCUGGGCUAUUUUUGUAUCCAAGGAAACGAUGUGAACAGUCAAGAAAUGUUCUUGGAAGCCAGGGAAGGAGGAGGGAAAUAGGAAAGGGAGAAAGCUCCAUAUACCAAAGACUUUUUAAAAAAUCCUUUCUGUUUUUGUAUUUAUUAUAUGUAUUUAUGUGGGUGAUUUGAUAACAGCUUAAUAAAAAGUGACUUGGGAGUUUGGUUGGUGGGGUUUGUGAUACAGGAAUAAACCUUUUGGAUGUGGUUGUUUAUGAAA